UGCAUGUUGUUGAGUGAUGAUGAUGCUGAUGCUGAUGAAGAUGAGCUCCUCCCUCCCGUGGAGCAGGUGUCAGGUUCUGAGAGGUUCGAGGUCUGACUCUGAUCAGUCAUGGAGAAGCACAGCCUCUCAGACAGCUAGAGACACGACUAUCCCGAGCAGCAGACAGACAGACAGACAGACAGCUGACAGACAGACUGAGUUGAUCUGAGAGCCGAGGGAGCUGUGCUCGUGUCAGGAUGGGAUGCGCGAUCUCUGGAUCCGGAGUGACUCCGAGAUCAGCAGAGAGCAGAAACACCGAGGACGAGGCUCCAGCGAGACUCACUCCGGAUCACAUCCAGCUCAUCAAAGAGUCCUGGAGAGUCAUCCAGGAGGACAUCGCCAAAGUGGGAAUAAUCAUGUUUGUCCGGUUGUUUGAGACUCAUCCCGAGUGUAAGGACGUCUUCUUCUUGUUUCGGGACGUGGAGGAUCUGGAGAGAUUACGCACGAGCAGAGAGCUCCGCGCACACGGCCUGCGCGUGAUGUCGUUCAUCGAGAAGAGCGUGGCCAGACUCGAUCAGCUCGAGCGCUUAGAGACUCUGGCGCGGGAACUCGGCAAGAGCCACUUCCGCUACAACGCGCCGCCCAAGUACUACGGGUAUGUGGGAACCGAGUUCAUCUGCGCUGUUCGGCCGGUUCUGAAGGACAGAUGGACAGAUGAACUGGAGCAAGCCUGGAAGACGCUGUUCCAGUACGUGACGGGGAUCAUGAAGGACUCUUAUCUGGAGGAAGAGCGGAGCCAACACAAACACACGCCGACCCCCAGCAGAGAGCGACCGGACAAGACAAACACAGCCAUUUAA